GGGCCCGCCGCCCUCAGCCCGCCAUGGCCGAGCCUGCGGCCUCUUCCAGCUCCGGCGCGUCGCUGCCGCUCAUUGAAUCAGAGCUUUACUUCCUCAUCGCCCGGUUCCUGAGCACCGGGCCCUGUAGGAGAGCGCUGAAGGUGCUGGUACAGGAGCUGGAGCAGCACCAGUUGCUUCCCAAAAGAUUGGAUUGGCAAGGAAAUGAGCAUUAUAGAAGUUAUGAAGAAUUGGUGCUGUCCAACCAGAAUUGCAGGAACACUGUUUGGAAGGGCUCUGCAUUUGCUGCUCUUCAUCGAGGCAGACCCCCUGAAAUGCCUGUGAACUAUGGCACCCCACCAAAUCUUGUGGAGGUGCAUCGAGCAAAGCAAUUAACUGGAUAUGCCAAGUUCAGCACUUCCUUCCCAGGAAGUAUGUACCAGCAUGUCAAGAUGCACAGGAGGAUCCUUGGCCAUCUCUCUUCUGUAUAUUGUGUUGCAUUUGACAGGACUGGACACAGAAUAUUUACUGGCUCAGAUGACUGUCUGGUGAAGAUCUGGUCCACUCACAAUGGCAGAUUAUUUGCCACUUUACGAGGACAUUCAGCUGAGAUUUCUGACAUGGCUGUGAACUAUGAGAACACCAUGAUUGCAGCUGGGAGCUGUGACAAGAUGAUCCGAGUGUGGUGUCUGAGGACUUGUGCACCAGUUGCUGUCCUCCAUGGGCACACAGGGUCCAUUACCUCAUUGCAGUUCAGUCCCAUGGUGAAAGGCUCUCUGCGAUACAUGGUCUCGACUGGGGCAGAUGGAACUGUUUGCUUUUGGCAGUGGGAUACAGAUUCCAUGAAAUUCAACACCAAGCCAGUGAAGUUCACAGAAAAACCCAGACCAGGGGUUCAGAUGCUUUGUUCUUCCUUCAGUGUGGGUGGUAUGUUUUUAGCAACUGGCAGCACUGACCAUGUCAUUAGGAUGUAUUUCUUCGGCUCUGAAACACCUGAGAAAAUAGCUGAAUUGGAAAGUCAUGCUGACAAAGUUGACAGCAUUCAGUUUUCUAAUGGAGGGGACAGGUUCAUAAGUGGCAGCAGAGAUGGAACAGCUCGGAUCUGGCGUUUCGAGCAAGCAGAAUGGAGGAGCAUUUUGCUGGAUAUGUCUGAUCGACUACUGGGUGACAGUUGUGCAGAAGAAGAUAAAUUCAUGAAACCUAAAGUUACCAUGAUAGCUUGGAACCAAAAUGACAACUAUGUUGUUACGGCUGUGAACAAUCACCUGCUCAAAGUUUGGAAUUCCAGCACUGGGCAAUUGCUCCAUGACUUGGUGGGCCAUGCAGAUGAAGUGUUUGUCUUGGAGACCCAUCCCUUUGAUUGCAGGAUAAUGCUGUCUGCAGGCCACGAUGGCAACAUCUUCAUAUGGGACAUCACCAAAGGCACCAAGACAAAGCAUUAUUUUAACAUGAUUGAAGGCCAGGGACAUGGAGCUGUUUUUGACUGUAAAUUUUCACCAGAUGGGCAGCAUUUUGCAUGCACAGAUUCUCAUGGACAUCUGCUGAUAUUUGGCUUCGGCUGUAGCAGGCCUUAUGAAAAGAUUCCUGAUCAGAUGUUCUUCCACACUGACUAUCGGCCGCUGAUCCGAGACUCCAACAACUACGUGCUGGAUGAGCAGACUCAGCAGGCCCCUCACCUCAUGCCCCCUCCCUUCUUAGUGGAUGUGGAUGGAAACCCUCAUCCAACAAAAUAUCAAAGAUUGGUGCCAGGAAGAGAGAAUUGUGCAGAUGAGCAUUUGAUUCCUCAGCUUGGAUAUGUAGCAACAAGUGAUGGAGAAGUUGUUGAGCAGGUGAUAGGCCAGCAGACGGUUGACCAGGAUGAGCCCGGCCUGGAGCCCAGCAUUCUGGAUGGGAUGAUCAGACAGCUACAGCUGGAACAGGAUCAGAGAACUGGAGCUGACCAAGAAUCUGCUCCAAGUGGCCCCCAAAAUGGAGAGGGAACACCCAGGAGAGCAAGAAGCAACAAGCUUCCAGAGAGGGACCUGCAGGCCUGGAGGCGCAGGGUGGUGGUGCCAGAGAUCCCCCCCAGCUUACUCAGGAAACAGGAAGAAUAUCGGACUGCAAAAGGGGAAGAAGAGAGAGAUCUUUAUGCAACAGAGAAGAAAAAGUCAUUUGAGUCACUGGAAAAGAGUGACUCUGAGUCUUCAUUAAUCCAAUCAAAGCGUCGAUUGCACAGACGGAAAUAUUCCAACUACAGAACACGGAAGAACAUUGAACAGCUGGAGUCUUCAGAGGAGGAGAGGGACAACUGCUUUGGCUUGAUAGAGCAGGAAGCUGAAGAAAGUGAGGGCUCUGGUUCAUCUGAUGAAGAGGAAGAGUGGAGAAGUGACAAGAAAAGCAACAGUAAUAGUUCUAGUGAUUCCUCGAGCCGAUAUUCCGACUGGAUCGCGGAUGCCGGGAUCAACCUGCAGCCCCCGCUGCGCACCUCGCGCAGGAAAGCGCUCAGGUACUGCAGCACCUCCGAGGAUGAGGUGUCAGCUGAGAAAUCCUCUCCUCCCAAGAGGAGAAGGAGGAAGAGGAGGAAAAAACCCAAACCAAAAAAGCAAGAGGAGGCUGAUGCUGCAGCACAACCCCUGAACUUGGAGUUUUCCUAUGACUGGCACCCUCCAGUCUGGAUCACGGACACGGCUCUCCGAAGGUCCCCGUUUGUCCCUCAGAUGGGGGACGAGGUGAUAUAUUUCCGACAAGGGCAUGAAGCUUACAUUGAAGCAGUGAGAAGAAAUAAUAUUUAUGAACUGAAUCCACACAAGGAGCCUUGGAGAAAAGUGGUGCUGAGGGAUCAGGAAUUGGUAAAAAUUGUUGGAAUUAGAUAUGAAGUUGGUCCUCCCACGUUGUGUUGCCUCAAGCUUGCCUUUAUAGAUCACGCCACUGGGAAACACACAGACAAAUCAUUUUCCAUCAGAUACCACGACAUGCCAGAUGUUAUCGACUUCCUUAUCUUACGUCAGUUCUACGACGAAGCCCGGCAGAGGAACUGGCAGGCCUCCGACAGGUUCCGCUCCAUUAUUGACGAUGCCUGGUGGUUUGGGACAGUGCUGGGUCAGGAACCUUAUCAGCCUCAGUAUCCAGACAGUCACUUCCAGUGUUACAGUGUCAAAUGGGACAAUGGUGAAAUUGAAAAGCUGAGCCCAUGGGACAUGGAACCAGUCCCUGAUAAUGUUGAUCAGCCUGAAGAAUUAGGAGCGAGUGUCUCUGUGACUUUGGAAGAGGUGGAGAAGCUCCUGUACAAACCCCAGCAGGGGGAGUGGGGGAUGAAGUCCCGUGAUGAGGCCUGUGAACGGAUUAUCCGUGGGAUUGAUCAGCUCAUGACUCUUGACAUCUCAGCAGCUUUUGCUGGCCCAGUGGACCUGUGCACGUACCCCAAGUACUGCACGGUGAUCGCGUAUCCCACAGACCUCAACACCAUCCGCACCCGGCUGGCCAACAGGUUCUACAGGAGAAUUUCAGCAUUGGUUUGGGAAGUCAGAUACAUUGAAAGCAAUGCCAGAACCUUCAAUGAGCCCGGGAGUGCUAUUGCCAGAGCUGCAAAAAAAAUCACCACCCAGCUCCUAAAGUUUAUCAAUGACCAGGACUGUACAAACAUUUUUGAAUUAUGUAGCACAACAGAUGAUGAACAAGAUUGUCAUGAUGCUGAUCUGGAUGAUGAAAAAUGUGUUCCCAGAACAUCAUACAGGAGAAGAAAAGGACGGGGCUUAAAAAAAGGAAAAAACCUGAAAAGUGGCUAUGAUGAAAACUGUUGGAAGAAGCAGUGCAUGGAACUGGUGAAUUUAAUUUUCCAGUGUGAGGACUCUGAACCUUUCAGGCAGCCAGUUGAUUUGGAUCAAUAUCCAGAUUACAGACAUAUUAUAGACACUCCAAUGGAUUUUGGUACAGUGAAGGAAACUCUGGAAGCUGGGAAUUAUGACACUCCAAUGGAACUGUGCAAAGACAUCAGACUGAUAUUUAGUAAUGCAAAAUCUUAUACUCCAAACAAAAAGUCAAAGAUCUACAGUAUGACCUUGAGAUUGUCAGCGCUGUUUGAAGAGAAAAUCCGAAGAAUUGUUUCAGAUUUCAAAAAUGGGCAGAAACAGAACGAAAAGCUUCGGAGAAACCAGAGGUACACAAGAAGAUUUAAUAAUCAAAGCUCAGUGCAGCAGCCCACCAAAAUGCUCAGAAAUCUGAAGCAGAAACCAUUAAAGUCUCAGGCCAAACUUGAAUCUGAGCAGGAAGAUUCUUUUCCUCAGCCUACCUCAAGCAGAGCCGCCUGUGUCACAAGCCAUAAACCCAACGCUGGCUCCUACAACCAGAGUUCCUCGGGAGAAUCCUCGGAUUCCACCUGCCUGGCAUCCUUUGAGAGGAAUGGGAAAGCCAGAACCACAACAAUAACUAAUUGUUCUGCUUUAUCAUCAGAGAGUGAAAUAGAAGGUUCUGGGGUUUCUUCAUCUACUUCCUCUUCAUCUUCAUCCUCCUCAAGCAGCUCAGAAGACAGCAAAGGCUGUUCUGGGGCUCCUGUGUCCUCUCCCCUGCACAACGGGGUGUGCAGGAGGAACGGCAGUCGCAGGCUGACUCGGAACCGAGCUGCUCAGAGGAAACAGACAGGAGCACUUCUUCAGGAGAACGGGAAUACGAGGAAAGCGAUCAGGAAAAAGUUACAUGGAAGCGACUCCGAAAAUACUUCCGUGGUGACAUCCGAGUCCCUGAGCAACAGCAAGGGCAGGCACAGGAAAACCCCACGCAGGAGUGCUGCCGUGGCUGCCAACAAACUGAGGCUGAUGAGUGACGUGGAGGAAGAGAUGUCGAGCUCAGAAAGCAUUGGGAUCUGCAGGAACAGGAAGCUGCCGCACCGGAACGCCUCGGCCGCCGCCAGGAGAAUGCUGCUGGAGGGAUCUGAGGAUGAGGCAGGCCUGAAGUCUGAGAGUGACAAAGAAAUAGAAGAGCAGCUCACCAAGAGGAAAACUCUCUCUCAGACUGGCUGCUCUGCUCCACGAAGGAAAUUUGUCAGCGAAUCUGAGAAUGGCAGCUCGGAUUCUGAGCCUGACACGCAGACCAAGCAGAAGAGCUGGCAGAGCAAUGGGCACAGACAGCUCCGGGGCCCUGUUUGCUCUGUGUCUCCCAAAGUGAAAAGUCCCACCUUAGACUUUUCAGAGGAGGACUCCAAAAGCCAUAAUUCUGAGGAUGGGGGCAGCCAAAAGGCUUCUGACCAAUCAACACCAACACAUCACAAGCCUGCAGUGAGCAAUUCUGAGGAUGAGGCGGACUCUGAGUUGGACAGGUGGAAUGGCAGGAAAGCCUCUGGGCUGCAGCUCUCCCCUCCUUUAAAAAAAGCAAAAGUCUUGAGUGAUUUAGAGGACACAGCAGAAUCUGAAGCAGAAGCCAGAGAGGAGAAGAGUUUAGUGUGGGAGAGCUUGGUGCCCACUAAGAUUGUGAGGCGUUCCAAACCUGGAGUUGCCUCCAGCUUCCAUCACUCUUCUGAUUCGGACUCGGAGAGUGACUCCAAUAAUAACAAUUACUGUGAAACUUCUGCAAAAGCAAAGAUGAGGAAGAGGAAAGGAAAAACAAAAAUCAUUAGAAAAGAGCCAACAUCAGAGGAGGCUGGCCAAAGCGCCAAAGUGCUGCGGAGCAGGACGUGCAUCAUCAACUACAAGAAACACAUCAAGGUGUCCAGCCUGGGGGAGAAGAAGAACCCCCGCAGGUGUGCCACGCUGGCAGCCAGCAAGAUCAAGAUAAUGAGUGAUGCAAAGGAGGAAUUAUCCAGCUCAGAAAGCGUUUACCCAGUCAGAAAGAACCGCAAGCAGCUCCAGGGCAGCGUGUCCUCAGCCUGCAGGAAGAAGCUGUUCAACAGCUCGGAGGUGGAGGCUUGUUCCAAGUCUGAAAAUGAGAGUGAGCAGGUUUCUGGCAGGAAAAAACCUUCCUGCCCUGAGUCUUCUGUUUCUAAAAGGAAAUAUAUCAUUGAGUCUGAGAAUGAAAGGACUGACUCGGAGACAGAGACUCAGAAGCAGAGCAAUAACCACACACAGCCACACAAACCCCUCUGUGCUGCAGCUCUGAAUAAUUUUGACUAUGACUCCUCGGAGGAGAAUUCCACAAACCACAGGGUAGAAAAUGGGGGAAACUGGGGAAUUUCUAGGCAGGCAGCUUCAACCCACAACCAUUGUACGAGUAACUCUGAAGAGGAGGUAGAUUCUGACUUGGCUAAACUUGAAACUAAAAAUACCAGAGCAGCAGCAAAUAAAAAACCCAGAGCUUCUUUCAAGAGAUUAAAACCAGUGGAUGACUUUAAAGAAACAACAGAAUCUGAAGCAGGGGGGAAGCAGGAGGAGAAAAGCUCCGUCUCCAAGGAUGUGGAAGCACCUGGGACUGCAGGAAGCUCCAAAGCCAACUUCACCUGUUUCUCCUCGGACUCUGGAAGCGACACCACCAUCUGCAGCGACGCCACGGAAACCAGGAAGCGCAAGAGGAAAUCAAAACCCGUCAGGAAAGAGACCCUGAGCUACGACUCACUGAAGCCUUCCAGGAGGCCGCAGCGGAGGAAACGGUGGAAAGGCAGCCAGGAGCAGGACUCGGAGGAGGUGGAGUACGGCGAGUGCAGGCGGGCGCGGCGGCGCUCCAAGAUCCGCACGCGCAACGGCGGCCGGCGCACCGUGCGCUACCACGACGGCGACGAUGACGCCCUCGAGGACGCCGGCUGCGAAACGUAACCUUAACAAAAGGAAAGCCAGCCCAUCUCUUUUUUCCUUUUCUUUGGUUUUUUUUUUUUUCCUUUUUUUUUUAAAUUUUUUUUCUUUUUGUUUUUAUUUUUUAAUGGUAAUAGCACUAGAACUCCUGAUGGGUGCUGGCUCUUCUUUGUCCUACAUUUCAGGGAAUAUAUUUAUAUUUUUCUAUGAAAAAGUUAUGAAUGUGAUUAGAUGAUGACUUGCUCCUUUUUCAUAUUUUGACUUGCACUUGCCUGCCCAUGUAGCAGCAUUUAGCACAGAUGCCAAAAUGUGCCUCAUUAUAGGGGCAAUUUUUUUGUCUUUACUGGUAUUUUAUUACAUAUAGACAAGAGUUAAGAAAUGUUAAAACACUGCAAACAGGUUAAUAGCAGUAUGUUGAGUAUUAUUGUUAUGGGUGCUGCAAUGAAAUACUACCUAGGUCAUGCAACAUUCAAGAACAGAUUUCAAACAUCUCUAAUGCUGUAUGAAAUCAUCUACAAUAGUAACAGGCUUCUAAAUAAUAAUACACACUCUAAAAACCUGGUGGACUUAGGGUUUCCUCUUCUUUUCAAAGAGGAAUGAAAAGGCUGAUAACUUCCCAGCUUGACUCAGUGCAGGUGUUAAACGUUCUGUACUUGCAUUGCUGAUAAGCAGUUACCAGUGAAGAAGUUGAUUUGCCAGUUCCAGAGGCUUUGGUGAACAGAGGGUUCUGCUGACAGGUAGUACAUCAUUAAUGUGACUUCUAUACUGUAAACUUUUAAGAUUAUGAAAUGCAGGUGAACUCUUGGGCCUAAAAGGGUUUUUGUGUGUUUUCUUUAUAAAACAGAAAAACAAACAAAACACUUGUUCUGUUUUCUUUAUGCGUGGAAAGCUUGAGGUGCAGGAUUCCAACAUUCCAGACCAUUUUUUGCUACGUUUCUGUUGUUCCUCCAUAUUCCAAGUGUUUGAAUGUUGGAUUUCCCAUUGAUUAAACCUUACCAAUUUCUCAGCAUUGCAGUAUAUCUCCUGUUUUCACAAUGUUUGAGGUGGCUCCUGUUGACAAGAAAGACAAUUUCUCCAGGAAAAUAUGUGCAAGUCCCUGGUUGAACACAUAUCAACAACAAAAACACACAGCGACUCUGAAUUCUUAAUUUUUCCCUGGAAUUGUGCUGGUGGGAGCCCCACGGUGGCUGCCCCAGCCCAACACCAGGGAAUCUCUGCUCCUUCCCCACCCCAGGGUUCCUCCUCUGCUCUGCAGCUUCCCUUUCUCACACUCUGGAAAACCUCGGUGAUUCCCGAUUUCAUCAGUCACUAGAUGUGGCAGAGUAUCGGAUUUAUCCUAACCUGGCUCAUUUGAACUGAAACAGCAAGUUUGGGAAUUGGUUUUCCAGCAGGUUGGACUGGUAGUGGGAUCUGGAAGGGUUUGGGGGUAAAAAAAAUGUAGUGUAGCUGCACAGUCCUGGUGAAUAAUGACAGAACACCUUGUACAAAUGGAAAUGCAUCAUGGAAAGGGGAGCUGGCAUCAGUGAGAGCCACUUCUGCACCACCCUCACUGACAUUGGCUGCGUUUACCAUCACUUUUGCUAUCCUGGAUAUUAUCUCAGCAUAGAGAAAUACUCUUUUUUUUCCUUCCUUAAAACUUCCACGUGAAGUCCAAAAAUAAUUUAAAUCGUUCUUGCCCCAGGCAGUUUUAUUUAGAGCAGUCUUUAAAUAGGAUGCAGCAGAAUUUUGUAAAUUCAAGAUAAAUGUUUAUCUGGGUUCUUUAUUUGGUUUCUGAAAUACAAACACAGUUGUGUUUAGUGAUGAAAUUUGAAGGUGGCUUUGUGUUUUGUUUGAGGAGCAAACUUUGUUAUAAAGUAGUAAGCACUAUUUUUUUAUAUUUUCCAUAAACUUCAUUGUUUAGCAGCUGCUUAUUCUCAGUGUUCUCUGGAGUGCAACCCCCAAUUUGGGAAUAACUGAACAUCAGAGUUUUUAUUAAUUUUCAGUUUGAACAGCUAAAAUAUAGCUGGCAUUUUUGUAUUUCUAACUAGGCUUAGAUUCACAAAGCUGGUUUUCUUUCAGGUGCUGUAUUCUGUCACUGCACACACAGGUUCAUGGUGAUCCCUGAAAGCUGGAGAAGGUUCUGGCCUCUGGAGCUGUAGAUCCAAGAGGGAACCACUGCCUUAGGGACCCUAACACUUUUAUUUUCUAGGCAAAGCAUGUUCUGGUCUGUAUUUUCUAAUUUUAUACACAUAAGACAGUAGGAAAAAAAAUUAUUAAACUGGAAAGGUAUUUUGAGUUUUUCAGCCUUUAAGAGUUUAUUUAUUUAUAAUUUAUUAAAGGAGCAUGCUGACUCUUACAGAACUGGGAGUCCUUUCACCUUCCUUUUAAGUGAGCAUUUUUGGUUUGGUCUAGCUGUACUCAGGGAAGCAAAGUAGUAGACAUUUUGAAGUAGGAUCUUUAUUUAAUAUGAUUUUUGGGGGGUGUUUUGGUUUGUUUUAAAGCAGGGCCUGAAUCUGUGAUGGUGAUCAGGCAGCAUAAACAGAGGGAAACAUUAAAGUGCAGGACAGAAUCGUAAAGGAAUCAAAUUCUUUCCUGUUAAAGGCUUUGAUGAUGUACAUGUGUUAGUGGACCAAAGUAAAGCUGUACAUACACCUGGAA